AUGCGCUUAGAAAGAUCACGUCCCAAAGUAAAACCAGUCGAAGACAGCUCUGGAAAAUCAAGACGUUCACCAUUCAAUUUUGGAGGGGAGAAUCGUGAUCGUAUAGCCAUGGACUGCUUUGCUGGGCCUCUUCACCCGGCUAUGGAGACUCAUUUGCCGUCUUCCACAGUUGCACAUUGCGACUAUGCUGGUGAAUGUAUUGAUCCGCCUUGCCCAAGAAAUCCCCUAGGAGCUCUUGCAGUGUAUGUCGACGUUGACUUCCCAGCGGUCCUUCAGAUGUUCCGAACCGCGCUAACAGCUGCCGUGGAGGAGGCAACAGCCUCCCUAUUCUCGGGCGUAGAGGGAAGGCUUAAAAGGACAAGACAGUUGCAUAGGAGCCUGGAAAAAUUCUGGCUUUUUGCGUGUCAGAAUGGCAUGCACAAUCGUAUCCAGCAGCAUUCCGAAUUAUUUCUCGGUAGCUUGCAACACCAGGACAACAGAGCAACACAAGGGAGGAGCACCACCGCGAGCCUGAACAGUGAUACUACAAGCACAAGUGUCAGCUGUGACGAGGCAUCAGGUCAAUGUCCAAAUAAGGGCACGAGUGAGCAUAGGCUGCUGCCGAGCUCGACGCUUAAGGGAUCAUUAGUUACCAAUGCGCAUGCUACCGCCCCGCCACUGCCUUCCGCGUUGCGCCCUGUACAGAGGGAUGAUGGAUCAAUUAUAGCUCCACCACUGGAGCUCCUGGCUGCCUAUGCCGACACCGACCUGACAGUCUCGCUACCGGACCCCCGACAACCAGUCGUCGUCGAAGCGCAAGAGCACCUGACACCUGUGGUGUUUCCUGCGUUUCGUAGUGCCCGAGGCUGUGUCGUGGGACUCUGUGUGCGCAGCCUGCUCGACCUUUAUGUGCAGGCCAUUCGCUCUAUACAGCCAGCUCUGCUUCCGAGGGGUUCCGUAGUUCUCAUGGCAGCUGUUAACGUCCCUAUGAUGUUUAGUAUACUGGAGCACCACCAAUUAUUGGUGCAACCGUUAGAUCUUGACGCUCAUACUUUGAUGCCCACGAAAAAAAGCUUACAGAAGGCGGUGGAUUGCUGGGGCUCACGGAUCAAGGCACUUGUUUGCUCUCACCUCUACGGUGGGCUCUGCAAUGUGCAGCCUCUCGUAGAUUUCUGCACUGAAAAUAAGCUUCUCCUCAUAGAAGAUUGCGCGGAAUCAUUUGUGGGAGACUUGUACAGAGGCCAUCCCAGAGCAGAUAUCAGCCUCUUCUCAUUUGGAUUAAUCAAGUCAUGCACUGCAGCCGGCGGAGGCAUCGCCACCGUUCGAGGAUUUCCUUCCAAAGGCGAAAUCUUCAAGCUGCUGCGGGUGCAGCCGAGCGCCUCGCUCCUUGCAGUACUGCUGAGGAGAUUGGAGUCAUGGAACUUGUCAGAUUUCAUGGAACAGCAGUUGCGAACAAUUGGGUUUGCCCGAAGACUGCAAAAUUUGGGACUUCAAAUGCCAGGAAGCGGUGCAACCUUCAAGACGUUUUGGCUUUUUCCAAUUGUCACACCCGCCGGAACCAAACUUGAUGAGUUCGAGGCUACCUUGCGGGAAAACGGGUUGUACGCUGCUAGCGACGCUACCACACUCGUCUGCUACAGCCCGUCACCUAGCGUUUCUAGCAUAAUGGGAUUGCCAGCUAUUGCUGCUUCCAUGAUGCGCCGUAUUGUCUAUUUACCAGUAAACCGCCGUUCCACUGUGCAAGAGCUUCUACGAGUUGAGGCAGCAUUGGCAAAGGCUUGUGGACUGGAGAUUUGCAGUAGGUUGAAUCCCUGCAGGAGAUUAUACUGCAAGCAUUGUGGCUUGUUUAAGGGUGAGAGAUUUGUGCCAGGAGAAUCGCAUGGGCAAUAA